CCACCACCAUCAUCAACAUCAACAUCAACACCCCCAACUACAAUCGAUACAACAUGGCCCCCCUCACAGGCUCCUGUCUCUGCUCUAACAUCCAAUACCGCAUCGAUCUACCAGACUCUGAACCAAUUCCGAAGAUCGCCCUCUGCCACUGCACCAGCUGCAAACGCGCCACCGGUUCGAGCUUCUCCUCCAACAUCCUCGUUCCGGCCCCCACACUAUCCUACACCCGCGGCAGCCCCAAAACCUACAACUGUCCCUCUGACCGCGGCCCGCCCGUGCUCCGCGCCUUCUGCACCGACUGCGGCUCGCCGCUGACGACGCAGAUGAGCGAUAACCCCGGGACGCUGAUCGUCAAGACGGGCACGCUCAAUGAGAAGGAGAGAGAGAGCGUGCAGGAGCUGGGCGUGGAGAUCUAUGCCGGUAGACGCGAUGCGUGGGUAAAUGACAUUGGGAAGGUGGAUAGUGUCGAGGGGAUGAUUUGAUGCGUUUGUUUUGGAUGUUUAUAUGUGUACUACUGUGGAUGUGUGUGUUGUGCUGUAUGAAUGGUUGGGCUGCACAUUGCUUACUUACAUACAUACAUGCAUACAUGCAUACUAGUACUCGACACGCUUGCGGUGAUAUGUGUAUAUAAUAUAUGCUAUAUACUGAGAGCAAUGUACUUCCUACUGGGGAUAGAAGAAGACAA